UUUUCUUUAUUUCCUUUGUUUUCGUAUUAGCUGUUUUUUCUUGUUAUUUAUGUACUUUAUUUUAUCAAUGCAGGAAAAUCAGAUAAAGAAUUUCCCCUAUCCUUACUCAAGCACAGCUCUAACGUCCCUGAUGGCAUCAAUUCAAUCCGUAAUUUUUGCCUUCUGCGUGGAGAGGGACUGGAAGCAAUGGAAGUUGGUACUUAUGGCUUCAUAUUCGGGAAUCUUAAUCUCAGGACUUGCUCUGAUCCUAAUGACAUGGGGUGUAAAGAAGGAAGGGCCAUUCUUUGUUUCGGUUUUUCAGCCUGUGCUGCUUGUGAUGGUUGCACUUGCAGGCUCUUUCCUUCUUGAUGAGAAGUUACAUAUGGGAAGCAUACUAGGAGGGCUGCUUAUUGUGGUUGGACUAUACGCCAUAUUGUGGGCUAGUAGUAAGGAUAAAUCUGAUUCUCAACCCACAUCCACGGAGGAGAUGUUCAUUCACUCAAGUAUUGCACAUACCGAAGCACAUGCUGAAAUAGACGACGGGGAUUCACCGUCAUUGUGAUGCUUUGAAAACUGUUGUUACAUCAACCGCCAUCUUUUAGAGUAUCAAACUACGAUGACUUUUCACCGUCAUUAUUUAUAUGUAUAGACGACAAUUUUUAGUAAAAUCGUCGUUAUGUAAAAAUGUAAAGUUGCUUGCAAACCCUGAAAAAUGUAAAUGUUCUUUGCUAAUCAUACAACUAGAAAAUUAUAAUAUAUAUGGUGGGUAUCCUAUUUUCAAAGCCUUAUUAUUUCCCUCAAUCUUUGCUGAUCAUACAACUAGAAAAUUAAAACACAACACUCUUUGCAUUUCUCUCAACAAAAAAAAAACACACUUUGCAUUUCUCUCA